UUCUAUACGUCACUUCCGCCUCUUCCUUGGCAUAGCAAGAUGGCGGCCGUCGUGGAGAGGGUCGAUGGAUGUGUUGGCUCCUUGGACUCAGAAGCGGUGUCACCGAGACAGUCCUCUCCUCCACCGGACCAUCCGCACCAGAACAACCCGCUGUUAGGACUGCCCAUCGUGGCCAUUGAGACCAUCCUCAAUUUCUUGUCCUACGAUGAAAUCAGCCUGCUCCGCUCGGUGUGCAAGCGCAUGGACAUUAUCUGCCAGCGUGUUCUCAAUCAGGGCUUCCUAAAGGUGGAGCGUUACCACAGUCUGUGUCAGAGGCAAGUUAAAGCCCAACUACCCAGGCGAGAGUCAGAGAGGAGAAACCAUUCACUGGCCCGUCAUGCAGAUAUCCUGGCUGCCGUGGAAACGCGCCUCUCUCUGCUCAACAUGACCUUCAUGAAAUAUGUCGACUCCAACCUCUGCUGCUUUAUCCCUGGAAAGGUGAUAGAUGAGAUUUAUCGUGUGCUGCGCUAUGUGAACUCCACUCGUGCCCCCCAGCGAGCUCAUGAGGUUCUUCAGGAGCUGAGGGAUAUCUCCUCCAUGGCCAUGGAGUACUUUGAUGAGAAGAUUGUCCCCAUCCUGAAGAAGAAGCUGCCAGGUGCUGAUCUGUCUGGCCGUCUCAUUGGGUCUACACCAGGUAACAGACAUGUGUUUCUCCUGGCUCCUAAACGUAGACUUCACCUACACAGUGAUGUGGCAGGUCCAUCUACCUCCCUGACCACCAUGUCCCUGCUGGCCAAGAACACACCAUCCCGCUCUGAGAUGACCAAGGUGCAGCAGCAGGUGAAGGUGAAUGGGGCGUCCAUGACAGUAAUGCGGAGGGAGAUGCAAGAAAUCCGUGUGAAACAGCUGGAGCAGCAGAAGCAGCUGCAGGACCAGGAGCAGAAGCUGCUGGAACAGACCCAGGUGAUUGGUGAACAGAACGCCCGGCUUGCAGAGCUAGAGCACAAGCUCCGUGAACUGAUGGACAGUAGCGCCGCUGCAAUUGGAGGACCCAGGCCCAAAACAGCUGUCCCCUCUACAUCUAGCAGCGUGUCCUCAACUGUUGCCAGUACGUCUGGUACUGUGCCGGCAAGUGGCAGCAUGGCUGCAGUCUCAAUACCAGUAGAGCCAGAGGGUCCGGGAGGGUCAUCACUCAAACGCACCAGAAAGAACUCGGACCUUCCACGGCAGUCGAAACGGCUGCGCAGCAAGAAAUAAGAGACUCAGUGUGUCAUUUAGUUAAGUUUUGUUUUUGGUUUCAACAUCUGACUGAUCACACCUUAUUCCCAAUGACCUGCGUCACCAACACUCAUUACCUGUUCAGUUUGUCAGAUGAGUCACAAAUAGAAAUAUCCCUGUAUGCUUUACCAGUGUUUUCUCUUUUUUGUGGUAUUGGAUUUGAGAAUAGUGUUAAAUACAUUGCUGCUGUAUCACAGUUAAAACAAUGAGCCCACAGCUUCAUCACGACUUUGCACAACGUUGACAGGGUCAACAUUAGAUUUUAAUUUACUGUCUUUUGUUUUUUUAUAUUUCUCUUGUUAACAAAUGGAAUGGCAUGAAAACACCCACAGCAACGGGUUGGUGUGUCCUUCAACACUUUCUGAUUUCCCCUGUGGCUUUCAGCUCCGAGCCAAUUGGUUCAUACUGAAGACGUGAAUCUCAUAAAUAUAUAGUAACUUCUUUUUAAGCUCCCAACACAGCUGCAUGCUGCAGUAUUUCUUUUUUUCAGUCCUCAACAUGGGAGUUGUCUACAAAAAGAAAAAUAUAGAAUAUCUCCAAACUUUCAAGGAUUGUUAGUCACAGCUAUAUCAGGGGGUGGGCAGGAAGUUGGCCUAUUGCAGCAAGAUUACAUUGAAAUUACUGCACAGAUUUUUAAUGUAGAUGCUUUUCCAAGAAGCUUUUAUGUUUAUGUUCUGGUAUUACAGAACAGAAAUUCAGAUCUGUAAAAAAUGUGAAAAACUAAAGUGACAAAGUGCAUGACUUAUUCAUAAUACUACUUAAAAUGCUGGAACCAAAUUGAAGUGACAUGUUAUAGGUAAUAAUUGAUGUCCCUUCCAUUUUCACAUGAGGAAGUCUGCAUCCAUUAACAUUCAUUUAAUUCACAUUUGCUUUUUCCUGACCUGGCUAUGUGCAAUAACAAUCAUCUAAAUAGUAAUAAGUAGUUUAUAUUCCUUUCCAGUUGCUUCGUUAUUCUAUUCAAAAUUGCUGCUCAGACCUUUCCAGUUCAAUAAGUUUAUGAAUCCCCUUUAAGGAAGGAUGUGAUCUUACAGAAGGAAAAGGAAGUGUUCAGGUAGCAUUAGUCAGUGUCACCUGUUGACUGAUGCCUUCUCUGCUUUGCAGGGCCUAACAGAGAGGUAAAUGUUGUCUAUAAGGGGAUUGCAUUUCCCAGAUAUCAUUGUUCGAAAUGCAGCUGUGGCUCCGCUUUGUGUGAAAAUAAUUUCUUCAAAAGAUGUACAGCGAGAGCAGACCCUUUAUAGCUCUGAUGUUAAUGCUUUCCCAUUAGAAGUUACUGUAUGUGGACAAAGAAACUAUAGGAUUACAGUCCAAUGGCAACACAAUUUUAAGGAUCUGUCCUUUAAGGAUCAUACUGGUGUUUUUACAUAUUUCAUCCCAUAUUCUACAAUUAUUGUACCGCUCAAUACAGCUAAACAUUUUGCAAAGAA